AUGCUAACAAAUAAUAGUAAUAGUAAUAAUAAUAAUAAUAAUAAUAAUAAUAAUAAUAAUAAUAAUAAUAAUAAUAAUAAUAAUAAUAAUAAUAAUGAUAGUAAUAAUGAACAACAAGAAAAUAUUUUUAAAAAGUUACCAAAUACAAUACUAUUAAACAUUAUCAAUCAUGUGAAUGAUAAUGUAGAUUUAGUUUGUUUAUUUCUGACUUGUAAAAGAUUAUUCAAUUUUAUUGUUAAUCAAAAGUACAUGAAUCAUCUAUCAUUUAAAAAUAUUGAAUAUAUAUACCCAAAAGAAGCAAUUCAAAACAACAAUAAUAAUGUAUUUUAUGCAGAGCAGUGCUUUCAUUUAAACUCUUUUAAAAAAUUGUUUACCAAUACAGUCUCUGAUACUAUACUUGUAACAUAUAAUGAUGAUGGUGUUGAACAUUUUGAUCAUCCUGAUCAUCUUGAUCAUCCUGAUAAUCUAUAUCUAGAUGAUAACAAAAUCAACAAAGUUAUAGUAUUGGAUCGGUUUUGUGAAGAUGUAUCGAUCAACUGGACUUUAAAGUUACCUAGAUCAACUAGUUCAUUAGAACUCUGUCAUCAAUCCCAUGAUCCAUUACCAAUAGAGUUUUACCCACCCCAUCUCAAACACUUAAAGAUACAUGGAGAGAUUGGAACCAAUAUCGAGAAUCAAAAGAGUGCUUUACCCGAUUCACUAAAAUCCUUGGUUUGGUCAAUGACAUAUCAAGAGGUAGCCAUCAAUUCAUUGCCAGUUGGUCUUGAAAAGCUUGACUUUUACUCUUCCUCUAUUCGUGUCGAGCCAUUUAAUAUUGGACUAGACAAACUCCAAUCUCUCAAAUAUCUGUCGUCAUACUCUAUCUCGGAGAAAUACGGUACCGUUCAUUGCACAUUGCCAAAGAGUUUGACUCAUCUAGAUACCGAGUUGGUCCAAAUGCCAUCACCCACCUACUAUUAUCCACUCACUCUGUUGGUUCAUCUCGAUCUUUCAUUGGUUAGUUUUCCAAUAUCAGAUGCUCUCUAUCUCGACAAUCUAGUUGCACUCGAGAUAUUCGAACUCAGUGUACCCAAUAGUAUUGAUGCAUCACAACUUCGUCUACCUCCAAAUCUAUUAGAGUUUAUUCAAACGGAUGAACCUAUUGCAAAUCUCUCCAAUUCAUUCUUUCCACCAUCGCUGACAUCGUUGGAUAUUAUCUUUACCCAAAUUGAUUUUGUCAAUCUUACACGUCUACCCAAAUUAAAAUCACUCAAUUUGAUUUCACAUUCAGAUAUUGUUUCAAUGGACAUUAUACCAUCAAGUGUAAAGGAUAUUAAAAUUGACAAUGCUCUAAAUACUGAAAAUGCAACCAUUGUAGGGUCGAUUCCAGAUACAUUGGAAUCACUUUGGUUGGCAGGUUACAACCUUUCAAUCAUUGAAAAUAUACCAAAUUCGUUAAAGAAAUUGGUAUUACAAGAAGUCAAACGAUCAGGAUCAUCCUCUGCAUCCUCUGCAGUUUCAGUCACUUUACCAAAUAGAUUAGAGGAGUUUACAUGGAUUCAUGAAUUUGAAGAUACCAAUCCAUUUAUCGAAUUUAUAUAUCCAUCUUUUUUAACAUUGACAUAUUUGGAUUUACAUCGAUUAGAAAUACCGUACCAACAAAAGACCAUUCCAGAAUCAAUCAAAGAAUUUAAAUACUUUGUUUCUACAUUUACCAAAAUCAAUGAUACCAAAGACACGAAAAUUCAUUCAAUUGGUAAUGAUGAAGGUUUUAUCUUCCCAUCAACACUUCAAACUCUAUCGAUAACAAUUGACAACAAAGGUCAAUAUUGGUUAUUUCAAUUAAACCAUUUAAUCAAUCAAACAAAUAUAGAUCAACUCUAUAUUAAUGGUGCAGGUAUUAAUUUCCAAGUUAAUAUACGUAGACUAGACAAACAAAACAAAGACAUAUUAAUACUUGGUAAAUCACUCUAUGGUGGAAUCAUUCGUCACAGUCAACAACACAAACCAAUCUAUCUUUAUUUUGAACCUGGUAAUAAACCUCCAAAAUUAAAAUUCAAUAUCUAA